AUGUACAAAUACUCAUUCACGUCCCUCCUCCUGGUUCUUCUCACUUUAACUCCGUCAUCCCAUGCGCACCCCUUAUCUCAUCGUAGACAUAAUUUCAAUUCCCUUCCUUCCAAGAGACUCGCACUCGCCUUAGCUCAACCUCAACCGAAGCCACAACCAACGAUCAAUGCACCGGCUCUAGGUCCAAAAGACGAUCUACCACCUUGGCGAAAAAGCGACGAUAAUGAUCGUAGAUCGUAUGAUUCCAAUGAUAUGGGACACAGUAAGGUCAUAUCUGGGAAUGAGCACGAUAUCGAAACUUAUUGA